AAUAAGCAUAUAGUCUGGUUUGACAAUUUGUUUACGACAAUUCCACUUCUGGAAACACUACGUGAGUUAGGUAUUGGAGCUGCUGGAACUGUACGUACAUUACGUACAAAGCGAGAGGAGUAAUGGGAUGCAGAAGAAGAAGCUGCCAUUUCUGGGCAGAGAAGGGAGGCCGAGGCUACAGCAUCGAUACAACCGUCCUCACAAUACCCCACUCGCACUGCUGUUGUAGAGGCCUACAACUCUCAGUCAAUAUCCACUGGAUUUAGCCAAUCAGAAUCCCUACCAUUGACCUUGCAGCGCCAGAGGAAAAACCGUCAUAUUAUAGAGUUACUCUCCCCUCGUGAGAAAUUCUCAGAUAGGCUUAUGAGUAUCAAGUUAACCUACAACAAUCGAGUUGUAUGGGGAACCCAAUACUGAGAGCUUUCAGCCAAGAAAUCAGUCAUUCAACUUGCUUGGAAGGAUGCUCAAAUCGUCCUAUUUGCAAGUACCGUUGCACUUCCUCAUGAAUAAGUGGUCCAGCUCUGCAAGCGGCCAGCCGCAACAGCAACCGGAGCGAAUAUUAUACGUAAAGUAUUUGGAGAUCAGCCUGUCAAGUAUCUCCCAAUACCGACAAUUGUGGAUUGCUAUAACCAUAGUAUGGGUUCUGUGGACCAAGCAGCGCAACUCAUGACGACCUACGAUACCCAAAGAGUUAAAAGAAAGACAUGGAAGCCACUAUUCUUCUUCCUAUUGAAUGUGGCCAUUAACAACUCCUUUUUGUUGUCAAGCCAGCGUGCAGAGAAUCCAACUCGUGCACAUAAAGAGUUCUUUCAGGAUCUGAUCGCCUCCCUCUUUGAAGCUUCUCAGAAA